UCCCUCUGCACAAUCCCAAUCAGCUAUGCAACCUGCUCCCUUGGCUCUCCAAACGCGCCGCCACCUCUCCUGGACCGCCUCGACGCCAUCUCAAAAGCUGGUUUCUCCGCCGUCGAGCUCUCCUUCUCUGACAUCCUCUCGUACGGCCAAACGCUCCUAGGCCACGAAAUCCAGCCCAACAACUACGCUGAACUAAAGAAAGUCGCCAGCAGGAUCAAGAAGGAAUGCCACAAACACAGUCUAGGCAUCAUGAUGCUGCAGCCUUUUGCGAACUUCGAGGGUUGGCCGGAGGGCUCGGAUGAGUGCAAGGAUGCGUUUGAGCGCCUGGAUGGCUGGAUCAGGGUCAUGAAGGCGGCGGGCACAGAUAUGCUGCAGGUUGGGUCCACGGACUCG